AUAAAGCUCCGACCCGUGACCAGACCCGAAAACCUCCAAAAGGAAAAGCUUCCGCACGAAAAAAAAGGGGGCAAUCAAUCGUCGUCCCCCUCUUCCCCUCUGGGAUCUCUCUCCGUAUUCGGUCGCUUGUACCAGGCACGUUCCUCUGAAUUCUUCAUCUUCAUCUUCUGUUUCGUGUGUGCUAUUGAAGACAGGAUGCGAAAGUGGAUUAGAUAAUCAUAACGCGGAUGUAGUCUUGGUGGAAGACACAGAGUCCAGUCUAUUCCCAUCCGUGUUUUUGAAGGGUCUUCUAUCAAUCAGAGGGCCCUUCAGGUCAGGAUUUUGAAAUAUACUGUAAGCGUUGAGUUUAUUGCCGCCUUGUGUGGACUACAGUUCCGCGUUGCGAAAAAUGCCCGCUGUGCAGAAGCUCUAUAACUCCUGCAAGGCAUCCCUUUCGACAAAUGGACCUGUUUCUGAAGAGGCUCUUGAAAAAGUUCGCAGUAUAUUAGAUAAAAUCAAGCCUUCUGAUGUUGGCCUUGAGCAAGAUGCACAAGCGGUGCGAAAUUGGAAUGCUAGUGCACGUCAGCGUAAUGGGGGCCCACAGUCACCACCUCCUAUCAAAUACAUUCAUAUACAUGAAUGUGAAAGCUUUACUAUGGGAAUAUUCUGCAUGCCACCUUCCUCAAUAAUUCCUCUGCACAACCAUCCUGGGAUGACAGUCUUAAGUAAGCUUAUAUACGGCUCUUUCUACGUGAAAUCCUAUGAUUGGAUUGACGUACCAGUGGAUCCUGAUCUAUCUCAAGGUGCUCGACCAGCAAAACUUGUUAAAGAUUGUGAGAUGAGCGCACCAUGUGGAACCACAGUUCUCUAUCCCUCAAGCGGAGGUAACAUUCAUUGUUUCCAAGCCAUUACUCCUUGUGCAAUCUUCGACAUCCUUUCUCCGCCCUACUCCUCCGAUGAUGGAAGGCAUUGCACCUACUUCCAAAGGUCUCACAGAGAGGAUCUUCCAGGCGAGCUUGAGGUGGAGGGAAUGGCAAUAUCUGGAGUGACAUGGUUGGAAGAGUUUCAACCUCCAGAUGACUUUGUAAUUACGAGAGGGCGGUACAAAGGCCGAGCUCUUAAAACUUGAUAGCUUUUCAUUCUUUUCCCCCACAUUGUCACCCUACUUAUUCUAAUUUAUGAUUCAUGUGUGUUGAGCAAAUCUAUUGGGUUUGAUCAAGGUGAAUAAUUCUUAUAUGUGAUGCUUAGCCACUUAGAAUAAAAACUUGUGUUGGUAUUAAAUAAUAUGAAGCACAAUUU